AUGAGCAAGCUCGACCGCGCCGUCUACGACUCGUACGCGAGCCUCGACACGGGCAACUACAUCCAAGCCGAGUACGUCUGGAUCGGCGGCUCGGGCCAGGACCUCCGCUGCAAGACGCGCACGCUCGACAAGGCGCCGACGUCGGUCGCUGACCUUCCGAUCUGGAACUUUGACGGCUCGAGCACGGACCAAGCGCCGGGUGCGGACUCGGAGUCGGGCGACCAGCUCUGGAUCUCGCGCUACAUCAUGCUGCGCGUGUGCGAGGACUUUGGUGUCAUUGUGUCGUUUGACCCGAAGCCGAUUCCGGGCGACUGGAACGGCGCCGGCUGCCACACCAACGUGUCGACCAAGGCGAUGCGCGAAGACGGCGGCAUGGCCAAGAUCAUCGAGGCGCUCGAGAAGCUCAAGCUCAAGCACAAGGUGCACAUUGCGGUCUACGGCACGGGCAACGAGCGCCGGCUCACGGGCCGCCACGAGACCGCGUCGAUCGACCAGUUCUCGUACGGCGUCGCCAACCGCGGCGCGUCGAUCCGCAUUCCGCGCCAGGCCGAAGCCGACGGCAAGGGCUACUUUGAGGACCGCCGCCCGGCCUCCAACAUGGACCCGUACGUCGUCACGGGCCGCAUCAUCAAGACGAUCACGCUCGACGAAGCCUAA